CCUGCACUGAAGAGGGGUGGAGGAAGAGCCCGUCCUGUGGGUGAACCCCGAACAGCAAGUUUCUAAAAGUUAAAAGUUACCGCCAUGCAUAGAGCCACUGGGGCGAUCAAAGGCUGAAACCUUGCAAAAUUGAUGCACGGGGAAUGGCUGUGUUUCACUUGUCGUUGUUGUUUCUCCUGUUGCUUGCUCUCUUCAGCAACACCGGAAAAGGACAGCGAGACCCAGAGGUGUUCUGUGGAGCUUGUAAGGCCCUAGCAGAUGAACUGGCCUACGACAUAAAGAAAAUAGGUCCAAGGAGGACUGUGGAUUCGGGGACAUUUCGCAUCAACCCUGACGGCACAAGAGGGAAGAAAAAGAUUCCUUUCGCAAAGUCAGAGACCUUCUUAACAGAUGUCUUGGAAAAUAUAUGUGAUCGGAUGAAUGAUUACCAGCUUCAAGACGAUCCAGUAACUCAAAAAAAGAUAUUCAAGAGAUACGCUCCCAGGAAGGAUGAAGAAAUCUACGCAGAAUACAAAAAAUACUUUUUUUAUUCUGACGCGUACAAGCCUUUGAAAUAUGCGUGUGAAACUAUCAUAGAACAGUAUGAAGAUGAAAUAUUCGCACUUAUCGCCCAGGAGGCAGACUUUCUGGCUGACAAGCUCUGCAUUGAAAAAUCAGGUCUUUGUGAAAAGCCCGAGAAACACGGUGAACUUUAGAAAAACGACUAUUAUUGCAGAUGAAGAACAUCAGUGGAAGUCUCCCUCCAGCCUGUGCCUUCCCUUAAUUUUGAUCUUUACUAGUUUUUUGAAAGACGUGUCCCCUAGACUGAUAUAGUGGUGCUGUUUGCACCGUCUGUUGAUGACAUUGGACUGGGGCUUCCUUAACUAACGGUUAGUGUUGAUUUUUUCCCCCCAAAGUAUCAGCUGGUUGCAUCAGUAAUCUUUAUUUUUAGGAAACUCAGAAAUUUUCAGGAAGAGAAUUUGUUACUUCUGCAGGAGAAUGUUGGUGAUUGUUUAGCAGCCCUGUGGGUUGACGUUAUGUUACAAUACCUGUGUACUACGGUUCUCUUAUUUUAACCAAUGGGUAAGUUCCAAAGGCAGAAGAACCCACCUUCCGAUACAUUCAGCUCUCAGCUUAGAUGACUGCCAACAUAUUGGUAUAAACAUCCUAUUCUUGAACCGCUGGAUAGCUCAGUGGUUUAGAUGGUUGGGAGAUUGAUUCCCCACUAUGCCUCCUUGACAGGGGCUGUACUCGAUGGUCCAUGGGGUCCCUCCCAGCUUUGCAGUUCUAAGAUUAUUAUUAUCUUAUCAGUGGAACUACAGGAGUUUAAAGAAAAUCUGACUCAGUUUUUUCACUUUAGACCAGCUCUGUGUCAGGAGACAGAUGUUUAAUAUCAAAACCAUCCCCUGAAAGUGAUAGGAUUCAAAUAAACACAUUUUGUUUGUGAGCAAACCAUUACCAUAGCAUUUUGCACCCUGGGUUUUGGAGGGGCGCAAGUCAAAUCAGAUAACAAGAUCCAACCAGUCCACAUGGCAGCUGCUUAUGUUCUAUGCAAGGAAUGAAAACAUUAAUUCUCUUUAUUAUAAGAAGUCACUAUCAGCAGGCUGAUUCAAUGAGGAAACGCCAGUAUGCCCCUGAUACUCUUGUGCUAGUGGACCCUGUAUAAUAAUUUAUUUUGGAUGGGAAGAGUUUUAUUACUAAUUCACAUAAUGUAUUUGCUCAUAAUUUUUAAUACUUUAAAGCUGUCUCUCAUUGUUGCUUAGAACUACUAUCAAACUUCUCUUACUCUCUGGUUAAUUCUUACUGACCUUCAAGCAUGUUAUACUUAUAGAUCAAACAGUAUGCCAACCUUCUAUCAUUUCUCAUGCAGUAGAGAGUGUGCAAAAUAAUUUGAAAUAUAUGAGGUUUCCUAAUAUGAAUUUUCCAGUGGAAAUAUAACUUUGCCGAAAAGUUAUGUUAAGUUACAUCUUUUUAAGGCUGCUACUAAGUCAGUCAAAAUUGUACACAGUAAAUAAUAAAAGAGAAAGUACUGUUGAAACAGCUCAUAAUUAAAAAUGAAGAUAUCAGCACUGAAAUUUCAGUAGAGUACUUGUUGGAAAAGUCCUAUUACAUUUUUGAAAGGGAAAUUCCAUCCAUGUCUUCUUUGAAAUGUGCUUUAUUCUUAGUCAGGAAGAUUCAUCUGAUGCCAUUACACACUUUUAAUACUUUUAAAAAUAAAGCUGGCAGCAAGUUCCUUUGAAAUGAACUGGAUUUGUCUUUAGUAUUGAAGAAAUGUAAAUAUACUGUAUUUGAGAUCAUGGGAAGAUCUUGGUCUAUUCUCUUUACCAGGAUUCCUGUUCUGGAAGUUAUAGUCUCUUACAGGUCACCGAUGGCAACCAGGUCUUUGACAUACUACUAUACUUAAGAGUAAGCUAAUCACAACAGUCAUGCUUUCAAGCAAUAUUCAUAGAACUGUGUGUUAAUUAUUAUGGUAGUGAAUAGAAUAAGAUUGGCUUGCAUCCAGUUUCAGCUAAACUUGACCAUGUAGCAUCAUAGCCAUGGGCCACAGUCUAAACUAAAAUUUACUUGGCAAUAAGGUUCAUUAAAAUCAGUAGGACUUGUUUCACAAAAUAAGAGUUUAGAAGAAGAGUAAUUAAUUGGCUAUCAUCUUACACUUACUUCCACAUGAACUGAAAUCUUUUGUUUCUAACUAGAUCCAGAACAGAUGCCUUAAUAUUCUUUUCAGCAGGGAAUUGCAUUCUUAUCAACAACAUUUUCUCUUUCCCAUAUUCUUCCUUUGUUUUGUUGAAUACCUUUCUAUUAUCUGCCUCAGGAUUUGACAUUAACUUUCUCUCAUUUAAACCAUGCGUUUUGACUAAUUAAUAUGGUUUCUAUUCUGUUGAUUAACGAAGAUGAGCAUACCCGUUGGUGAGACGACUUUAAUUUUGACAUGAAACUAGUGUGCUUAGCAAAUACCCAGAAUAGGAAGAAGAAACAGAGAGGUUUCCAGUUGGCUUCAUUUAGACAAAUAGAGCUGGAAACUCUGCCCCUAUUCAUGGUGGUUGGAAAAUUAAAUGGAAGGAAUCGAAUUGCUUCCUUCACACUUCAUGGAAUCCUAUUGAUUUUGGGGGCGAAGAUAAAGAAAGAACUUGCCCAAAAUCUAUAUUUUAUAUAUAUUAAAAGGGGGCAUAAUCAACUUCAAAUUUCAUCAGCUGAUUUUAAUUAGUGAGAAGUGGUCUUUGUAUCCCAAUUAGUCUGAGGGAUGGUGAAAUCAUUGUGGAUUUUUCUCUCUCUAAGAAACACACACAAAAUAGUAUUUGCACACCAUCAUACAAAAGCCAAGGAAAAGAAUCCGUCUAUGGGAAAAAUCAGCAUCUGACUUGAUUACGUUAUAAUUACACAGAGUAAGCCAAUUGGAGGUAUAAACAUUUGAAAUUACUGUACUGCUUUUCUUCCUAUCCCUGCUAGUUCAAGUAAUCUGUUUCUAUUUACUUUUGUCAGU